UGAAAGUAUACCUCCACUAAGAUAUCUGCAUUGUAAGCUCCGUCAAGUCGACAACGAUGUCCUCCAUCUUCGUCUUCCGACUUCUUAUGAUGGUCCUUCAUGCAUAAUAAACCUCCGACAAUCACUGGGUAUCCAAUUCGACGCAGACCCUGCUACACAAUCAACCAAGGAAUAAGGAAACAAUCAAAUAACGAAAUAAGAUAUCGGCCCGGAGCACACACACUCUCAUCCAGAUCAAUACCCGCCGAGUUAUCGCCAAUGACCACGAACGGCAUUCCUAGUACCGACCUCGCCGUUGACGCGCCUCUCCCGCUCCCAGCCCAGAGCGUCGAUAUACCUGGCGUCACCUCCAUCCCUCGCCUCAUCUACGGCACCGCAUGGAAAGCCGACCGCACAGCCCGACUAGUCACCGACGCCCUAUCCGCCGGCUUCCGCGCCAUCGACACGGCCGCCCAGCCCAGCCACUACCGCGAAGACCUCGUCGGCGCCGGCCUCCGCGCCUACCUCUCCUCCCCCGGUUGCCCCGUGACCCGCUCCUCCCUCUACAUCCAAACCAAGUUCACUCCAACUCAGCUCUGGUCGCCCAAUCUCCCCACCCCCCUUCCCUACGACCCUUCGGCUCCUAUUGAGGCCCAGAUCCGCUCGUCCCUGUUUUCUUCACUUGCCCACCUCUCCCAUCUCCCCAGUACAGAACACGCAAACCAACAACCUCAAGGGGCACACGGCGCCGGGGAAGGAGCACAGGACGCUCCGUACCUCGACGCCCUGAUCCUCCACACCCCCCUUGCCACCCACGCCGAAACCCUCCGGGCCUGGCGCGUGAUGGAACAGUUCGCCCCCCACCCCGUCCGCCGCCUCGGCAUCUCAAACGUCUUCCGCCUAGAAGACAUAGACCACCUUGUCACCAACGCAACCAUCAAGCCCUCCUUCGUCCAGAACCGCUUCUACCCGGACACGAGCCACGACCGCGGCAUCCGUGCCCUCUGCCGCCACCACGGGAUCAUCUACCAGUCCUUCUGGACCCUCACCGCCAACGCGCGCCUGCUCCGCUCUGCCCCCGUCGACUGCGUCGCCAGCGCAGCCGCCGUCCCCGUCGAGGUCGCCCUGUACGCCUUCGUCCUCGCCCUGGGCCACAACUGCGUCCUGGACGGCACUUCUAGACGCGACCAUAUGCGCGCCGACCUCGACGGAUUGCGCUCGGUAGCUGCCUGGUCUGCGACCGAGGAAGGGCGAGCACCGUGGCGCGAGCACUUGGCGGCUUUCCGCGGCAUCAUUGAUGACAUGUUUUGACCGGACUGUAUUUGUAAUGUGAGGAGGCUAGAGUGGUAGCUGCGCGAAAGGCGAUGUUUGCCUGAAUAACUGACGCGAUGUGCAAGGACAUUAAUUAUUCCUAUUAAUUUCAAGAUCACGGAGUAGAAGAACGACGCAUGUCAGACGUAAAACGCCAGGU